AUGAGCACCUGCACUAAGCAGAGCUUUGCUAUUCUCCCGCUUAUUGUGGCCGUGAGUGAAGACUCAGUGUUGGAUUUGCGAGGCGAAUCUCUGCUUCAGAGCGCUGCUGCUUCUGCUGAUCUGGAGUACUCGUACCGAUCUUUAGUAGACGUAAUCGAAAAACCAGAUCCCGGUGCAGUGACCAUAGGUUUAGGCCCAUGUUCGCGGCUGGCGAGUCUGGCAGAGACUUGGCUGUCCGAGGGCCAGGGUCCACUGAUGUUGCUGGCCACGGAAGACUGCGAUGGAAGCUCCCGUGACUAUGAAAUCCAGACUAAAGAUCGGCUCUUUGUGGCGCUGUUCAAUGCCUUGCUGACGCCCCGCAGGCUGGCGCGAGAGUACGUGGAGUGCAGCGCCCCUCCCUUGCCUGUGCCGCGCGUGCUGCCUGACGGGCUGACGCGGGAGGAGCAGCUGCUGCUGGGGAGGCAGUACCUCAACGGGCGGCACCUCACCAUCGUCACCAUCAAUCGUCCUCCAUUCAUGAUCUUGGAUGUGCAAACCAUCGGUUCGGAGCAGGUAAUCGUGGGUCCUGGUGAGGGCUUCUGCAUCGAGAUGAUCAAGACGCUGGCUAAAAAGUAUCAUUUUAAUUACACGCUGGAGCUUCCGUACGACGGGAACUGGGGUAAUGCGAUGCCCAACGGCACAUUCAACGGCAUGGUCGGCAUGGUGGUGAGAGAGUGGGCAGACAUGGCGAUGGGGAGCUUCACCAUCACCGAGGCUCGGGAAGCCGUCAUCGACUUCACGCAUCCCUUCUACGAGGAGCCCACGGCCAUCCUCAUCCGCGCCCCUGGGGAGCGGCCCAACACCCUGGCCUUCCUGCAGCCCUUCACAUACAAGGUGUGGCUGCUGAUCCUCAGCAGUCCGUGUGCGGUUGGUCCCUUGCUGUGGCUCAUGACUGAGGGUACAGGCGACUGGUCGCCCUCACUCUACCCUCACAAAGGGCGCAGUGCGUCGGUACUCAACUACGUCUGGGGCGCAGGGUUCUGCCUCAUUGCUCAGGGUUAUGAACUGCGUUUGAAUGAGAGUAGCCGCGUGAUGUUGGGUUUGUGGUGGACCUACUGCAUGAUUUUGAUCUACACUUACACUGGAAACCUGAUCGCCUUCCUGACCGUGCCGCGCUUGGCGGGCAUCAUACAAAGUCUCGAUGAAUUGGCCAAUCAAAGAGAAAUUCUCUGGACGUAUCGAGCGGAGACAGCGCACGAAAAACUCUUUGGGGGUGCUGAGUCCGGAACUUAUCGCAAGAUAGGAGACUUGAUGCGCUCAAACAGAGGUCUGAUGGUCACGUCAGAUGUUGACGGUAUCAACGCUGUGCUGCUCAAGAACAUGGCUUUCAUAAAAGAGAAAAGUUCUCUUGACACGGCCAUGGAGCAGGACUACUUGCAGACCAAGAAGUGUCGUCUGACGCUGGUGCCUCAGCUCUUCUUCAGCGCCUCCUUCGGUUGGGCGUUGCAAGAGGAUAGCGUUUUCUUGCCUGUAUUCAAUGCCGAGAUACUGCGGAUGAUGCAGUCAGGAUUAUUCAGGGAGUGGCAGGUUGAGUACUGGCCCAAGCCUAACGAGUGCACCGCGGUAAAGGACAAAGACGCUCAAGGACCGAGGCCUCUAAGGCUACGAGACCUGGGCGGGCACUUCAUCGUGCUGGGGCUCGGCUGCAGCGUCGCACUGGUCGCCUUACUCCUGGAGCUGUGGUACCGCCGACGCUCCUUACCAUGUCGUCCUGCCGUUGAGGAGCCAGCGAAGCCUUCAAAGUACCGAACACAACUCGAUAUUCCGUUGGAUAUAACCAAGUGA